AUGGUGAUGGCAUGGAUCCAAAGAUCCAUAUCUGAAUCCAUAGUGAAAUCAAUCAUAUGGAUAGAACAUGCUCGCGACGCCUGGCUAGAUCUACAAGAACGAUUUUCCCAAGGUGAUGUGUUUCGAAUCUCAGAUUUGAUGGAAGAAACUUUUCGCUUGAAUCAAGGAGACAGAUCUGUUACUGAUUAUUACACACACCUCAAAACAGUAUGGGAUGAGUUAGACAACCUCAAACCUCUCCCUAAUUGUGUCUGUGUUGUUCCAUGUGUAUGUGGAGCAAUUGCUAGGAUGAGAGAGUAUCGUGAGCAAGAACAAGUUAUAAGGUUCUUGAGAAGGUUAAAUGAUCAAUUUGCAUCUGUAAGGUCUCAGAUCAUGUUAAUAAGUCCAUUACCUAAUAUCAACCGAUCCUUUUCACUCGUUUCUCAGCAAGAAAGGCAAUUCAAAUUGGACAAUCAUGUCACUGAUGCAAACCAGUCAUCAGUCUUCAAUGUCACAAAUCGGAGAGGAGGUCCUAGUUAUGGUGGAAGAUUUAAUGGAAGAGGACGAGGUCGAAACUUUGGUGGCAGAUCUCAGACUACUCGCAUAUGCACUCACUGUGGCAGAAACAACCACACAAUUGAGACAUGUUAUCAACUACAUGGAUUUCCACCAGGUUACCGCAAUAAUAAUAGGAUCUCCAAUACAAAUGCUGCAAGCACAGAUCCUCAGAAUUUCAAUCAAGAUGUUUCAGUUGCCUCGAAUUCAGAAUCUUACAUGCACAUGACCAGAAGUGAAUAUCAACAAUUGAUGGAGCUUUUACAAAAGUCUCCCUCCACUGGUCUUCUUAGUGCACCUGCAACAAAUCAUGUGAGCAACAUGGCCCAGGAUGAAUUUAUCAGAAUGAAAGAGAAAUAUAGUCAAGUCACUCCAGGAGAGGAUGCUAGCAAUGUAGGCGGUUAG